GUCCCAAUACAUAUUAUACACUGCACAAUGUCUGACUUGUUAGAAAAAUCCUUGGACGACAUUAUUGGCGACCAGCCAACCAAGCCAAGAGCCUCCAGAAACGACAGAGUUAGUAAGAUCCGGGGCCCUCGCCGUGGCAGCAACAGAGACUCUUUUGCGUCGCGCGCUCAUGCCAUUUCCCACUCUCCCUCUAUGCAAAUUCCCGAUGAGAUUGAGGCCAAGUCGCACGGUCAGCCUUUGUUGAGAAUCCGCAACCUUCACUUCCAACUCACCAGUGAGGACUUGGCGCAGUUGUUUGACCAGGUGAACACCCUCGAGUUCUGUGAGGUUCAAUACGACUUGAUGGACGAGUCUAGAUCCACCGGUGUUGCCUAUGUGCAGUUUUCGUCGAACCAGGCCAGAAACAAUGCCAUUGCCAUCGAAAAGUUCAACGGUAAGAAGGCUGUGGGCAGAAUUUUGAUUGUGGAGAACGCCAGAGGCUUGGCUGAUAGAUUGAGCUUGCCCUCUAGAGGCAAUAGAAGAGGAAGACCAGAGAGAUCUGGCGCGGGCGCUGGUUCGUCUUACCGUCCGGAGGACGAGGAAAAAAGAGCCCCAAAAGAGAGAAAGGCGAGAGAGCCAAGGGCCAAGCGCGUCAAGAAGACCGUCGAGGAGUUGGACGCCGAAUUAAGCGAGUACUUGAACCAGAGC